GAUGGCUCUGUGGACAGGACUAAGAUUUUUCACAGAACAAAGACAUUCUUGAGGAUGAUCACACAGCAUGAGGCAUGAAGGCACCUCAUGCACCAGGCUGCUCUCCAAUUUAGGAUCCUUUUACCUGGACUGAUGAGCCUCACAGUCGUGCUCAAAGUGUCCCAGGUUUUGCACAGUUAGGAGGAACUCCAGAGGAGGAUGACUUCUCUGCUCUACAGUCUCCUGCUGGGUCUCCUUGUGCUCCAGAUCUUUGUGACGGGGAUACAGGGAGAGUCUAAGGAAGAUCCAUCCAAGCUUACCUUACAGUCUUUGGAGGAGAAGGAAACAGUCUUGCCCUGCCUCUAUGAAGAGAGCGGAGUCAGUAUAGUUCAGGUUAGCUGGUACAAGAUAAAGUCUGAUGGGACCAAGGAGCAAAUUAUCACUGCAAGCCCCACCGACGGCCAGAUGGCUUUCGGGACAUGGGAUGGCCGUGUGCGCUUCAAAAGCAGUCAACCCACAGUGGACUGGACUCUGGUCAUCAUAAGCACCAAGGUCUCAGAUGAAGGCAAUUAUAUGUGUCACAUUGUUACCUUCCCAACAGGGAAUUUUGAGAAAGAGAUGUCUCUCACCGUCUGGAGUAAGUCAAUCCCUCAUUUUCUUGAUGUAAUGUGGUUAAAGGUGAACACAGUAUAAGUGAAAAGCAACAAA